AGAGCCAGCCUGGCCGAGGGAUACGGGGGGAAUCAUCGGGGGAAUCCCGGUGUCAGAGGAGAGUACCACACGCCGGACGGUCGCGGUGGGAGACACCUGGAGGACUCUUCAGGGUUUCCGCAUCCGAGUUUGAUGUUGGUCACCGUUGGUGUGUUUUUCUUAGAUUGGAGAAAGGAAGAAAAGAAGGAGAAGGAAAAAAAGGCCUGGCCUCUGGGGACUUGGAGGCAGUUUAAAAAGUGGAUGUAAUGGAACUGAUGUUCGCCGAGUGGGAGGAUGGGGAGAGGUUCUCCUUCGAAGACUCGGACCGGUUCGAGGAAGACUCUCUGUGCUCCUUCAUCUCAGAGGCAGAGAGCCUCUGUCAGAACUGGAGAGGGUGGAGGAAGCAGUCCGCUGGACCCAACUCCCCUACGGUCAAGAUCAAAGACGGUCAGGUGAUUCCGCUGGUGGAGUUGUCGGCGAAGCAGGUGGCGUUCCACAUCCCGUUCGAGGUGGUGGAAAAGGUCUACCCCCCCGUCCCGGAGCAGCUCCAGCUGCGCAUCGCCUACUGGAGCUUCCCCGAGAACGAGGAGGACAUCAGGUUAUAUUCCUGCCUGGCUAACGGGAGUCCGGAUGAGUUCCAGCGCGGGGAGCAGCUCUACAGGAUCCGCGCCGUCAAAGACCCGCUGCAGAUCGGUUUCCAUCUCAGUGCCACCGUGGUGACCAGUCAGUCCGGUCAGUCCAAAGGGGCCUACAAUGUGGCGGUCAUGUUUGACCGCUGCCGCAUCACUUCCUGCAGCUGCACCUGUGGCGCCGGGGCCAAGUGGUGCGCCCACGUGGUGGCGCUCUGCCUCUUCCGCAUCCACAAUGCAUCAGCAGUGUGUCUGAGGGCUCCAGUCUCUGAGUCUCUGUCCAGGCUGCAGAGGGACCAGCUCCAGAAGUUCGCCCAGUACCUCAUCAGUGAGCUGCCUCAGCAGAUCCUUCCCACCGCUCAGCGGCUGCUGGACGAGCUGCUGUCCUCUCAGUCGACGGCCAUCAACACCAUGUGCGGAGCGCCAGACCCGACAGCAGGCCCUUCAGCAUCUGACCAGAGUACUUGGUAUCUGGACGAGUCGACCCUCAGCGACAACAUCAAAAAGACUCUGCACAAGUUCUGUGGGCCCUCGCCGGUCGUCUUCAGCGAUGUAAACUCCAUGUACCUGUCGUCCACGGAGCCGCCGGCCGCCGCCGAGUGGGCGUGUCUUCUGCGGCCCCUCAGGGGCCGAGAGCCCGAGGGCAUCUGGAACCUUCUGUCCAUCGUCAGGGAGAUGUUCAAGAGGCGAGACAGCAACGCCGCCCCGCUGCUCGAGAUUCUCACGGAGCAGUGCCUCACCUACGAGCAGAUCAUCAGCUGGUGGUACAGCGUUCGGACCUCGGCGUCCCACAGCAGCGCCAGUGGCCACACCGGACGCAGCAACGGCCAGUCGGAGGUGGCGGCGCACGCCUGCGCCAGCAUGUGCGACGAGAUGGUGGUGCUGUGGCGGCUGGCGGUGCUCGACCCCACCAUGAGCCCCUACAGGCGCCUGGAGCUAGCGGGCCAGCUGAAGCAGUGGCACCUGAAGGUCAUAGAGAUCGUGAAGCGCGGGCAGCAUCGCAAGUCCCUGGACAAACUGUUCCAGGGCUUCAAGCCCGCCGUGGAGUCCUGCUACUUCAGCUGGGAGGCGGCCUACCCGCUGGACGGCAUCACCUACUGCACCGCCGACAAGAGGAGCGCCACCUUCUGCUGGUCCAGGGCAGUGCAGCCGCAGAGAGGCGCCAAGGCCGCCGCCGCCGGGGCGGGAGGGGAGCCCCCCGAGCCGGGGGGCGGGGCCAAAGGCGACUGCUGCGCCGCGGGGGACUACAAAGGGAGGAGCCACGAGUCCCAACAGGAGGUGGCCGUGCGACCCAAGGAGACCGUCCUGACCAAGAGGAAAGGCCUGUCGGUGAGCGGCGGCGGAGGAAUGCUGGUCCGCCUGGGAGGGGGCGUGUCCCUGGAAGACGGAGGAGGGAAAUGCCUCUACAAAGGGCCGGGCUCCUCCUCCGGCGGGAAGCUGAAGCUGGCGCAGGGAGGCGGGAAGGGGGCGUCUGUCGGAGGCCCGGGAGGGAGCGGCGGCGGCGGGAAGCACGCCGGUGCCAAGCGGAGAACCAGCAGCGAAGACAGCUCCUUGGAGCCGGACCUGGCCGAGCUCAGCCUGGACGACGGCUGCAGUCUGGCCCUGGGGGCCGAGGCCAGCAACACUUUUGAGUUCCUGCCCCCGCCGCCAGAGAUGCUGCUCCGAGACUCGCGCAAGUACAAUAGCGGCGGCGGCAAAAUGUUCGAGGUCAAGCCCGCCGCGGCGGUCGUUAUGGACACGCCCGGCGCCGCGGAGAAGGAGGCGACGCCCGUCCAGAACAAAGACGAAGACGAAGACGUGGACUCGGCCGGCAGUAACCCGCCGACCGCCGAGGCGAGAUCGGACGCCGAGCAACCGUCUGCCAAGACCCUGCGCGCCCGCAGAGAGGCGGCGCCCGGUGGAGCGGGGGGCCCAGAGGCGGCGGCGGCUUCCGCGGGUGAGCUGGCCAACCGGAGCGCAGAGUCGGCGAGCGGAGAGGCGGCGGGCGAGGACGACUACCACGCGUACUACCCGAGUGCCGCCUCGGAGGAGGGGGCGGAGCGACCGCUGGCUGACAACCACCAGCAGGAGGAGGAGCCGGACAUCUUCGCGGGGAUGAUGCCGCUGGAGCAGGAGGGCCGCAUGGAGGUGCUGUUUGCGUGUGCCGAGGCCCUCUACGCUCACGGCUACAGUAACGAGGCGUGCCGGCUGGCCGUGGAGCUGGCCCGAGACCUGUUGGCCAAUCCUCCGGACCUCAAAGUGGAGCAGCCGCAGACGAAGGGUAAGAAGAGCAAGGUGUCCACCAGCCGCCAGACGCAGGUCGCCACCAACACGCUGUCCAAGGCCGCCUUCCUGCUCACGGUGCUCAGCGAGCGGCUGGAGCUCCACAACCUGGCCUUCUGCAUCGGCAUGUUCUCCCUGGAGCUCCAGAGGCCUCCGGCGUCCACGAAAGCUCUGGAGGUGAAGCUGGCCUACCAGGAGUCCGAGGUGGUGUCUUUGCUGAAGAAGAUCCCUCUGGGCCUGCUGGAGAUGUCGGCCAUCAGGGAGCGAGGCGAGCAGCUCCGAGACGGGAACUUCUGUGACUACCGGCCGGUGCUGCCGCUCAUGUUGGCCAGCUUCAUCUUUGACGUGCUGUGCACCCCAGUCUGUGCAGUCGUGUCCCCGACGGGCUCCCGGCCGCCGAGUCGCAACCGCAACAACGACAUGCCCGGCGACGAGGAGCUGGGCUUCGAGGCCGCCGUCGCCGCUCUUGGUAUGAAGACCACGGUAAGCGAGGCGGAGCAUCCGCUGCUGUGCGAAGGCACCAGGCGGGUGAAGGGCGACCUGGCUCUGGCUCUCAUGAUCACCUAUAAGGACGACCAGAGCAAGCUCAAGAAGAUACUGGAUAAACUGCUGGACAGGGAGAGUCAGACCCACAAGCCCCAGACUCUAAGCUCCUUCUACUCCAGCAAGCCGGCGGCCGGCAGCCAGCGCAGCCCGUCCAAACACGCCGCCGCCGGCGCCUCCAAACAUGCGCCCUCGUCCUCCUCCUCGUCCGCGGUGGCGCCCUCUUCUUCCAGCUCCGCCGUAGCGGUGGCUGGCGACGAGGCGGCUCAUCAGGCCGAUCCGAACCCUGCGCAGAGCAACAGCACCGCGGGAGAGGGAGCUGCUGAGGCCAAGGAGCACGUGUCGGAUGCGCCUCCUCCCUCGAGCGAGCAGCCGAGCGAGGCGGCGCCGUUCAAGCCGGAGGCCACCGUGCCCAGUCGGCUGGCGCUGGGGGCGCGCUGCGGCUACAACCAGCGCUGCUGGGGCUCGCCCGUCCGGCAGAAGAAGAAGCACACGGGCAUGGCGAGCAUCGACAGCAGCGCUCCGGAGACCACCUCGGACAGCUCGCCCACCCUGAGCCGCCGGCCACUGCGGGGCGGCUGGGCGGCCGCCUCCUGGGGGCGGGGCCAGGACAGCGACAGCAUCAGCAGCUCCUCGUCCGACUCGCUGGGCUCCUCCUCCUCCAGCGGCUCUCGCCGGGCAGGGGGCGGGGCCAGGGCCAAGAGCACCGACACCAGCAGGUACAAAGGCCGGCGUCCCGAGUGCCACGCCCCCCACGUGCCCAACCAGCCCUCGGAGGCGGCGGCCCACUUCUACUUUGAGCUGGCCAAGACGGUGCUGAUCAAAGCCGGGGGGAACUCCUCCACGUCCAUUUUCACGCAGCCCUCGGCCAGCGGGGGCCACCAGGGGCCCCACAGAAACCUGCACCUGUGUGCCUUUGAGAUCGGCCUGUACGCCCUCGGCCUCCACAACUUCGUCUCGCCCAACUGGCUGUCCAGGACCUACUCCUCCCACGUGUCCUGGAUCACUGGCCAGGCCAUGGAGAUCGGCAGCGCCGCCCUCAACAUCCUGGUGGAGUGCUGGGACGGCCACCUCACUCCUCCGGAGGUGGCGUCCCUCGCCGACCGAGCGUCGCGGGCCCGGGACCCCAACAUGGUGCGGGCGGCGGCGGAGCUGGCCCUCAGCUGCCUGCCUCACGCCCACGCCCUCAACCCCAAUGAGAUCCAGAGAGCCCUGGUGCAGUGCAAAGAGCAGUUCCAGCUUACUGUAGGACAGCAGACGCGUGAGCACCGCGUGACGCGGGCGGCUCGUGGCCAUUGGAUGAGAGCGAAUCGAGGCGACGGCGACCCGGUUGAAUCUGACAACGCCAUGCUGGAGAAGGCCUGCAUGGCCGUGGAGGAGGCGGCCAAGGGCGGCGGCGUGUACCCCGAGGUCCUGUUCGAGGUGGCGCACCAGUGGUACUGGCUGUACGAGCAGUCGGCGGGCGGCGGUGGCUCGGGCCCCCAGCGGGAGGCCUCCGGGCGCUGCGGGGCCAACGGCGGCUCGGGCCGGCGGCCGAUGGAGUCCGGCUGCAUCGUCCUGGACGGCGGCGGCGGCGGCAUGGAGUCGGCGGGCGCGGCGACGGUCACGGCGGCGGUCACCGCGGCCACCGUCGUGCCCGUCAUCUCCGUGGGCUCCGCCAUCUAUCAGUCCCACGCCAUGCCGGGCCAGGCCAUGGUUCACCCCCACAGCCAGGGCCUCCACCCCUACGCCACCAUCCAGGCCCACCUGCCCACCGUCUGCACCCCCCAGUACCUGGGGCACCCUCUGCAGCACGUGGCCCGGCCCACCGUCUUCCCGGUAGCCGGCGCUGCAUACCCGCAGGUGAUGCACCCAGCCUUCAUCGGGGCCCAGUACCCGUUCUCGGUGGCCACUGGCCCCCCAGGGCCUCCGAUGGCAGCCACGGCCGUGACCUUCCCCGGGCUCCCCCUACCAUCCAUGACUCAGAUCGCCGUCCACCCCUACCACCCCGAGACGGGCCUGCCCCUCGGCACCACCGUAGCAGUGGGCAGCAUGCACUCGGGCCCCGCCAUCCAGGCCAUCCAGGCCACGGCUCUGCCCUGCCUCUCCAGCCAGCCCGGCUCAUUGGGCGGCACUCCUUUCCCCGCGGAGGACGAGCAGCACAGCCAGCCAAUCAGCCAGCAGGGCCUGCACUACCUGCACUCUGCCUACAGAGUUGGCAUGCUGGCGUUGGAAAUGCUGGGCAGGAGGGCUCACAACGACCACCCCAACAACUUCUCCAGGAGCCCGCCUUACACCGAGGACGUCAAAUGGCUGCUGGGACUGGCUGCCAGGCUAGGAGUCAACUACGUGUACCAGUUCUGCGUCGGCGCGGCGAAAGGAGUCCUCAGUCCGUUCGUCCUGCAGGAGAUCAUCAUGGAGGCUCUGCAGCGGCUGAACCCCGCCCACAUCCACGCCCACCUCAGGACGCCCGCGUUCCACCAGCUGGUGCAGCGCUGCCAACAGGCCUACCUGCAGUACAUCCACCACCGGCUCAUCCACCUGACGCCCGCCGACUACGACGACUUCGUCAACAUCAUCCGCAGCGCCCGCGGCGCCUUCUGCCUGACGCCGGUGGGCAUGAUGCAGUUCAACGACGUGCUGCAGAACCUGAAGCGGGGCAAGCAGACCAAGGAGCUGUGGCAGCGCAUCUCCAUGGAGAUGGCCACCUUCUCCCCCUGAGAGCGGCGGCGGAAAGGCUCACGGGGGAGGGGCCCCAACCAGGCUACAGCAUCGCCACUGCACCGAGCGGGGCCGUCCGGUCCCCCCCCCCCGCGCUCUCC